AAGCCAAAAUAAAAUACAACCGAUUCAAUUCAUAUUUUAGCUAUUAUUUACCAUCAAUUUUUACAUAUAUUUUUUUAUCUAUGAAACACUUUAGUCAUUGUGUAUGGUGGUUAAUGAAACCAGGGAUAAUUUGUUCUUUUGCUGCUGUUUGUACAAGAAGUUUUGCAGGUUGUUUUGGUCACUGGAUGGGAUUAUACCCUGGUGGAGGAUGCCACGAAGGUUUAGAAGAAACUGUGCAGAAGUUUGGGAAGCAACCUGUGGGAGGUUUUCUGUGGACCAUGAUGGUUAGUGAAGUAUGGAGGGAAUGCUAUUUCAGGGUUUUUGGGAAGAAGAAGAUGACAAUGCAAGAGUUGACUUGGAUGAGUUAGGUAGAUAGAAGAGUGUUAUGUCAAUUUCACACCAAUAAGUGCUUGCCUAAUGUAUGAUAUGGGCUGGACUAUAAAAGGCCCUAGGUGCAAAAGAUCUCGGAAUAGAGGACCAAAUGUCAAGGAAUCAAGACAGGCUAGAGAACAGGAGGGCAAAAUCCCUAUGAAAGAUUUGAAGAUGAAUCAGCCAACAUCAGAGGAUUGUAUUCAGAGGUGCCAGCAGCACCAGGGCCAGGGUUCCUCACAACCUGAAGAGACAUCAGUUGAAGUCCUGACUGAGCGGUUGCCUUCACUGCAUGAAAAGGAGUUGCAAAAUCAUGGGAAGGCACUUCCAGUUAAGUUGGCUUUGGAGCCCAGUACUGGGCGGAUAAUCUAUCUUCAAAAUCCUCGUAAGCAACAAGGUCAAGUUCAAGGCAAGGGGGGACAUGUUAACGACCAGACUAGUAAUGACUUCUGUGAUAUGAGAACUUGCUUAGAAGUUAGAACAUAAAGAACAUGGCGAGAAACUGCAAGUGGAAGGUACUCAUGACUCUUGAGAACAUCCCCAAGUUGAAUCUGAGUGUUGGUGUAACUGAUAAGUUGAAACCAUCUACUGGUGUAACUGAUUACUCGUUACAUCAGCAUCAGUCUAAGGAGUCAGGUAAGCCACCGCAGGUUGAAGAUCAAAUAUCUUCGUAGAGCAGCUGCAACAUGUUCAGCCAAAAACCAGUUCAACCACAGAUUUCCAAUGAGCGGGACGAAGGCUAAAGAUCUUCGUAGAGCUGCAAGUUGAAGCCCCACCAAGCACAUUGCAUUAGAACUAGAAAACUCCUUGGCAUCUGAUCAGUAGGAGCAAAAGCAGCAACUGGUACAAGGCCAAGGAUCUAAGGAACAAGAAGAGCUGGAAGUUGAACCACAGCAGCAGACCCCUCUGUAUCAGAACUUGCAAAGUCGGCACCUUUGACCACUCCAUCAAGUCAUAAGCGAGAGCAGAAAACAAAUGGCUGAAGGGGAAGAAAGUUUGACAAGAUCCAGCAUCAUCAGCUCUCUCGCCAUUGUCAUCUUCUCGGCACCAGAAACAACAAUCUACAGGGUCUUUAAAAGAACAUGAUGGAAAUGUAACCCAAGUUCCAAGGAUUUGCUCGUAACUCACGAACGGGAGAACGACUUGGGCGUCGAUAAACCUUUAGUUUUAUU